CUCUGAUCUAAGCCGUUCAUGUUACCUCCUAUCUUCCGUUUGAGAUGAAUCCCAUCAUCUUCUGAAGAAAGGGGAAAACGGAGAAUCAACAGAAGAAGAAAACAGAGGAUUCUGAGAGAGUAGAAGCGCAAGGAAGGUCGCCGGUGAGCAGUUCCAAACAGAAAUAUUAAAUUAACUGCCGUCGUCCAAAGACCGAUACCCCAUGGAGGCAUUGUAAUUGGAAAACCACAGAAGGCAUUAGUAUUGUCAAGCUCACUUUUCAGCCAACUCCGAGUAAAUAUGAUGUCUCUGCAGCCGCUACCUACUUUGCCUUCCCUGAAAAUCCCCAAUUUCAAUUCCAUGCAUGCCAUAAAUUCUAACCCUCUCUUCCCCCAUUGCUAUACACCCUUUAGGAACUCUAAUUUCAUGUCAAAGUCCUUAUUCAAUGCCCAGAAGAAUCUUUGCUUUACAAUUCUUAGUCUUCACCAGAAUCCUAAGCCCCUUCAUUCGACUCUUACCCACUUCACCAAUCUUCCUCGGAACCUCAAUCCCAGUCUCAAAAACCCCCGAUUACAAAAUUCUGCAGUUGAGUUUCGGAGGGUAAGAUGCUAUGGGAUUAAGGAUUCUGGUGAGGAAACUAGGACUGUGGUUAAUUCAGGUGGUGGUGGUGGGGGUGAGAGUGGAGGUGGAGGUGGGGAUGAUGGUGACGGGGAUGUGGAGAAGAGUGGUGGAAUUUUGCCGGAGUGGUUGAAUUUCACUUCUGAUGAUGCAAAGACAGUGUUUGCUGCUCUGGCGAUAUCGCUUGCGUUUCGGACUUUUAUUGCAGAGCCUAGGUACAUUCCUUCAUUGUCGAUGUAUCCCACUUUUGAUGUUGGUGAUCGUGUUGUUGCAGAGAAGGUUACGUACUAUUUCAGAAAGCCGUGUGCAAAUGAUAUAGUGAUUUUUAAAAGUCCACCAGUGCUUCAGGAAGUUGGAUACACUGAUGAUGACGUCUUCAUUAAACGAGUUGUUGCAAAGGAAGGUGAUAUUGUAGAGGUUCGUGAGGGGAAGCUUAUAGUCAAUGGAGUUGUGAGAAAUGAAAAUUUUAUUCUUGAGCCACCGUCUUACAACAUGACACCAAUUCGUAUACCGGAGAACUCAGUUUUUGUGAUGGGUGAUAACCGAAAUAACAGUUAUGAUUCGCAUGUGUGGGGUGCCCUGCCUGCAAAGAAUAUAAUAGGAAGAUCAAUUUUCCGCUAUUGGCCCCCAAACAGGAUAGGUGGCACAGUUCUUGAAACUGGCUGUGCUGUAGACAAGCCGGAGAGUAUUUCAGCAUCUGAAUAGUUCCUCCUACUCUUCAGUUUUUGCUCCUUUUUUCUGUUAUAAUUUCUCAUCUUCUAUUUAUUUAUGAAUGUCUGCAACACAUUGUUUUGCUAGAGGUGAUUCUUUUAGGAAGUUUUUCAAUGUCCAUGAUGUAUUUAUAGAUGUGCCCAUUGAAACUAUUGAAAUUAAAUCUCUCUCUCCAA